AUGGCAGAUGUUGAAGAGAACAAUGAGGACUAUAAGCUGGAGGAAGCUCUCACCUUGGAUGAAAGAGCUGGUGCUGUUAGAAGAGGACAUGCCUGUUUAUUACCAGUAAAUGUGAAGCUACACAAAAGGCUAUUUGACCCCCUGCUCCAGUGUCUGGCCCAGAUCAGAGUGCUGGACGAGUCCAAGAUGAAGCUGGAUUACAUCCUGAGCCUGAAGAUUGAGAAUUUCCUGGAGAGGAGGCUACAGACCCAAGUCUUCAAACUGGGCCUGGCCAAGUCUAUCAACCACGCUUGGAUCUUCAUCAGGCAGCGCCAUAUCUGAGUCCAGAAGCAAGUGGUGAAUAUAUCAUCGUACAUUGUCCAGUUGGGCUCUCAGAAGCACAUCGACUUCUCCCUGCGUUUGUAUGGGGGAGGAUGCCCUGGCAGGGUGAAAUGAAAGAACAUUAAGAAGGCCAAAGGAGGUGCCAGAGCUGCUGACAAUGAGGAGGAGAAUUGA